AAACUGAGAAAAUACACAAAAGGUUAUUGUUAAAAAACUUUAUUAAUUAAUUAAAAUUUCUUAAAAGUAAUUAAAUAUAAUAUAAACUUAAAAAGAAAUGUUAAAACAACAAUAACAAAUAAAUUAAAUAAAAUCCAAAAAAAAGAAUUCAAGAAAAACUAAUCCUACAUACGGAAGUGCUUUGAAAAGAUUGUGAAAGAAAAUUAACACAAAAAACAUAUUACACCAUAAACAACAAAACUACAACAGUUUAGACCUUGAAAACUAAACAAGAAAUUUCCAAUUGUUACAACUGGACCCAGCAAAAGCUAUAUAGAAAAAGAGAAAAAUCAUUACAAAAACUAUGUUUGGCUUCGAUGGUGAAUAUCGUCGUAAGCCGAGCCAAAGUUUUGGUGGUGCCUCGACCAGCAGUGAUCGGGAAACGAUUAUACGCAAAGCUGCUGAGGAGCGUUUGAAACGCAAUCAAUUGCGUCGUGAAAACAAUGGAGCGAUUGUUUUGCAAUCCUAUUUACGUUCAUUUAUACAUCGACAGCGCCGUAAGCGUUAUGAACGUGAAACAUUUGAUGAAUUUUUACGCACUCAUCGUGAUAAACUUACACAAGAUGAAAAUCUGGCUUUUUUACUCAAAAGAAUUAUAUUUUUUUACAAUUCAAAAGAGACCAAAGAUGGUGAGAGAUUGGUAAACAUUUGAUCACAAGUCGUAAAAGAAUCCCGCGCGUUUAGUGCAAUUUCCACUACGAGGCUGUCCUGGCUGCAUCGGCCUUAAAAAACCUACAUCAGCUUAUGUAUCAUACAAUUAACAUCUGUCCAACAGACAUCACAAGCCAUACCGCUGAGAAUGCUGGAGACAUUCACUGCGGAAACAUCCAUCGAGCGUUAUGUCGAAAACGAACAACUAAUCAAACCUAUUUAGAUCGUAUAUUUCGUUAUUUAGUAGAUAAAGAACUAUUACAAGCGUUUGCGUGAACUAUUAGAACAAAAAUGCCCACCAUUAGAUGGUGAGACACUACAUCCACCAAAUCAAUUUUCAGAGGCUAUAUUUCAACUUAUGCUUAGACCUUUAUUGUUGGCCAAUAAAGCGGCAUCCGGUUUUUCCUAUGGCAAUAUUAUUUGUCAAUCAUUUACUAAACAUAUACUAGCGCUGCCAUAUACCGAUUGUAUACGUUAUUUUUUGCUACCCUGCUUUGCCGAAUGUUCAGAAUUUCCUUUUGAAUAUUUACUUAAAACUUUGCAACAGUGUACAAGAACACAAUUGCCAGAAAAAAUGCAAGUUGAUAGCAGUCCCGUGGUGACCUUUACAGGAGCCUCCGCAGCUGAAAGUCUUAAUGCGACUUCAAAUUCAAGUUCACCUUCCGGCAAUAAGGCUAUGGAGGAUAAGUCACAGGAACCAACUAAGAUAUUUAGCACAUUUUUAUUACAUUCUUUGCUAAUGUUGGACCGUAAACAAUUAAAAUCUUUACAUGCCAAGUCUUUGUUGGGGGAUUAUAUCAAAGUUAUAGCUGAAGUAUCGCCGAAAAUUUUACAACUACCCAAAUCAUCGUUAAAACAUACCGGCCAUCAUCAACGUUAUCAUCCUCAUGCUAGUGAAGAUACCUCAUCCGAUGAUGACUCUGAAGACGAAGAGGAAGAAGAUCAAUAUCAAAAUAAACGCAAUAUACAAUCCAUGGAUACCGUGGAUGUAAUGACUAUGUCAGUACCCUUGUCAGAAACUGAAAAAGAUAGUUUACUGGAGUGUAUACAAUUAUUAAAUGAGGGUGAACGUGUUCAUAGUAUAUUAGACUAUAUAGAGGAGUAUCUGAAAGAUGAAGAAGUGCUCUAUGGGCUGUGCGAAAUUUGUCAUAAUUUAAUGAUUUACAAUAAAAUGGCCAUGUUUGAAUAUAAGCUUUUAUAUACUUUGGCUUUUAUGCCCAACUUUAUACGUGCCGUUUGGUUUACCCUAAUAGCACAAUCAAAACAACAGGGCUUUAAUGCCCCCUUGACAUUGAUAUCUAAAGGUGUAGUGCCUAAACAAGCUGGUGCUGAAUCAUUUGUGCCUUUAUUGGCCACUUUCUGUAUGCUUUUUGGACGCCUAUUGCCUACUUUACACGAUGUAGAGUUUUGUGAUGAAAAGUUAUUGAUCGAAAAGCCUUUACAGCCCACUUUACAUGUACGUCUUAUGCCCUUUUCUUUGGCUGAAAUUGUGCAAUUAUCGAAAACACUUAAAGAGGUUUCUUUGGGUUUGGUAGAAUUGGCUUUUCCCGAAACUCGCUCAAAUCUUAAUCAACAUUAUCGUUUUGUUUUGGGUCGUUCCGAUUCGGAUGAUAAAAAAAUCAAGCAACAAAAACAAAUUUGGUCAAAUCUUUUAAAGGUGGUGGUAUUUGUUCUGAAUCAAAUACAUACCAGAGAUUUAAGAUUAGGUUUCUGUCCUGAGUUACAUUGGACGGUAACACGCCUGGAUUUGCCUUUAGAUAGACCUGCUGAUUUACCUUUAACACGAGGCAGUCGUACCCGCGGCAUAAGACCCUUUCAACCUAUACGUGAUUUUACACGGGAAGAUUUUGAAAAUGGUCCUCCCAUGUCCACGAAACAAAUACGUUCUAUUACCAUAUUAAGGGAAAUACCAUUUGUGGUGGCCUUUAGCAAACGUGUGGGUAUAUUACAGGGCCUGGUGGCAGCUGAUAAAAUGCGUGUUCAAGGUCACUUGCAGGCCUUUCUGCAGGGUCCCUCGAUAACUUUGACAGUGCGUAGAACCCACUUAUAUGAAGAUGCUUAUGAUAAACUAAGGCCGGAAAAUGAACCUGACUUACGCUUAAAAUUCCGUGUACAGUUUGUUUCCUCUUUGGGUUUGGAUGAGGCGGGUAUAGAUGGCGGUGGUGUUUUUAGAGAAUUUUUAUCGGAAUUAAUUAAAACUGCUUUUGAUCCCAAUAGAGGUUUUUUUAUGGUCACUACCGACAAUAAACUCUAUCCCAAUCCUAAUGUGGGCGAUUUAGUGCCCGACUUUGAAAAACACUACUAUUUCAUAGGUCGCAUUCUAGGCAAAGCGAUCUAUGAAAAUCUCUUAGUUGAGCUACCUUUAGCAGAAUUUUUCCUUACCAAAUUGGCCGGCAAAUAUGCUGAUGUGGAUAUACAUCAAUUGGCCUCUUUGGAUCCGGAACUGUAUAAAAAUCUUCUCUAUUUAAAAGACUAUGAAGGUGAUGUUAGUGAAUUAAAUUUAGAUUUUACAGUAGCCAGUAGUUCUUUCGGUCAAACGCAAGUGAUUGAAUUGAAACCUCAAGGUCAAACGAUACCAGUGACAAAUUCAAAUCGUAUAGAAUACUUGCAACUAAUGGCCGAUUAUAAAUUGAAUGUACAGAUAAGACAGCACUGUAUAGCAUUUCGUAAGGGUCUGUCAAAUGUUUUACCAGUCGAAUGGCUGUAUAUGUUUAGCAAUAAGGAAUUACAGAUAUUGAUAUCGGGUGCUGAAAUACCCAUAGACUUGGAAGAUCUCAAAAAGCAUUGUAAAUAUGGUGGUGAAUAUAGUCCAGAGCAUCCUUCGAUAGUGGCCUUCUGGUCGGCCUUAGAGAGUUUUGAUGAUUUGCAAAAAAGACAAUUGCUGAAAUUUGUAACGAGUUGUUCCCGGCCUCCUUUAUUGGGUUUUAAGGAUUUGGAUCCUCCCUUUUUUAUACAAAAUGCUGGUGAUAUGGAACGUUUACCCACGGCUAGUACUUGUACAAAUCUUUUGAAAUUGCCUCCCUUUAAGACAGUUGAACAAAUGCGCGAAAAACUGCUCUAUGCCAUACAAUCGGGUGUGGGCUUUGAAUUAAGCUAAAUCUUGUUUUAUAACUUAUUAUUUUCCCCAUUCCCUGUACUACUCCUCUUUUGUUAUUUUCUCAUGCAAUUUUUCGAAAAAAAAAACAACUUUUUGGUUUUCUUUUCUUUUAUAUAAAAACUUAUAUUCCAUUUUUUUUAU